UAUUUAACCCUUCAAAAGUCCAGCCGCCCUUCUCACACUCUCAAACUCCCUCGCGUUGCCGUCGCAUACCCGCCGCCGGAGUUGAUAGGAUGUCGAGUCGGCCUGAAUUGCAAGCCCCGCCGGAGAUUUUCUACGACGACGUAGAAGCUCGAAAAUACACUUCCUCAUCUCGUAUUGCUGAAAUACAGACAAAGCUCUCUGAGAGAGCACUGGAACUUCUGGCUUUGCCCGAUGAUGGAGUCCCAAGGUUGCUCCUUGAUAUCGGUUGUGGAUCAGGGCUUAGUGGGGAGACAAUAACUGAGAAUGGUCACCAAUGGAUUGGUUUAGAUAUUUCUGAAUCAAUGCUUAAUGUUGCUUUGCAAAAUGAGGUUGAAGGAGAUUUGUUACUUGGUGAUAUGGGUCAGGGCUUAGGACUUCGACCUGGAGUUAUCGAUGGAGCUAUUAGUAUCUCUGCUGUUCAGUGGUUAUGCAAUGCUGACAAGUCCUCUCACGAGCCAAGAUUGAGAUUAAAGGCUUUUUUCGGAUCAUUAUAUAGAUGCUUAGCAAGGGGAGCUAGAGCAGUGCUCCAAGUAUAUCCUGAAAAUAUAGCCCAACGUGAGCUAAUUUUGAGUUACGCAAUGCGCUCUGGAUUUGCUGGUGGCGUGGUUGUCGAUUACCCGCAUAGUACCAAGAAGAGAAAAGAAUACCUUGUCCUCACUUGUGGCCCACCGUCUGUCAGCUCUGCGGUUCCCAGUGGAAAAGGUGAAGACGGAGAGAGUUGUUCUGAUGAUGAGAGCAGUGGAGAUGAAGAAAAUCAGACGGUUUGCAUUUCGGACAGGCAUAGACCUCGGAAAAAGCAGAAAGUAAACAAGAAAGGCAAGGGCAGAGAAUGGGUGUUGAGGAAGAAGGACCAGAUGAGAAGGAAAGGGAAUGUUGUGCCCCCUGACACGAAGUACACUGCUCGAAAACGGAAAGCUCGUUUCUAACCAGCUACGAUAUUAUAGAUCUGAAAGUUUUGGGAUGAACUAGUUUUACUUAUUUCAUGGUUUAUUAUCACUUUGAAAAUCAUAGUUAACUACUCUAAUGGUGAUUUAAGGUUUUGGUUCUUGUAUCAAUACAUACACAUCUCUGUAUUUUGGUUUUAAGAAAAUAUUGAUAUAUAUAUGUGGAUGUGUUUAUGGUUC